UCCACUUUGAAACUGGUGAAGACCUACCUCCGAUUCACCAUUAGUGAGGAGCGUCUAAGCAAUCUUGGUGUGCUCAGCAUUGAAUCCAGAAGGUCCAAGGCUUAACUUGAUGCAUUUGUAGACCGUUUCUCAAGGAGUCACAAUCGCAGAAUCUUGUUGUUGCAGUGUUUCAGCCUGCUGUGAAUGCUAUAGGAGCAGGAAGUGAAAGUCUGCAGCUCUAUUUAGUGCCAAGGAGAAAACGAACCUUUUCAGGACUAAAACCCGAAUGAUGGAGGGAAAGAGAUCAGACUCACCAGAACCCAGCUGUGUGUCCAUGAAGAGUGACGAGUCAAUGAGCCCCCCAUAUAACUUCAGAGACAGAGAUAAUCCUGCUGAUCUGAGAAUGAUGAAGAGAAAGAGAUCAGACUCACCAGAACCCAGCUGUGUGUCCAUGAAGAGUGACUGGUCAAUGGAACGCCCAAUUUUCUUCAGAGACAGAGACAGUCCUGCUGAUCUGAGACCACAAAAGAAGAAAUCAAACAUCAGCAGACAUCAGCUGGAGUCCAUAUUCAAGGAGCUGGAACACAAAGUCAUCAGUGUGAUCCAGAAGGAGCUGAAGAGGUUUAAGAAGCUCCUGAGUCCAGAUUCCCCAGCAUGCUCUGAGAGGGAGGUGGAGGAUGAGGAGGAUCAGAGCAGUGUCAGAGAGGGAGUGCUGAAGAUCACACUGCACUUCCUGAAGAACAUGAACCACACAGAUCUCGCUCACACACUGCGCAACAAACACGUCUCUGUGUAUCAGCAAAAUCUGAAAUCCAACCUGAGGGAGAAGUUUAAAAGAAUUAAUGAAGGAAUCUCACAGCAUGGAAGCUCAGCUCUUCUGAAUGAGAUCUACACAGAGCUCUACAUCACAGAGGGUUGGAGUGGAGAUGUCAAUAAAGAACAUGAGGUGAGACAGAUUGAGACGGCGUCCAGGAGACCAGCAACACAGGAGACACCCAUCAAAUGUAAGGAUCUCUUUAAAGACACGUCCAUCAGAAGUGUGCUGACUAAAGGAGUUGCUGGAAUUGGAAAAACAGUCUCUGUGCAGAAGUUCAUUCUGGACUGGACUGAAGGAGAAGCGAAUCAGGACGUCACCUUCAUGUUCCCACUUCCCUUUAGAGAGCUGAAUCUGAUGAAGGAGAGAAAUCUCAGUCUGAUGACUCUUCUUCAUCACUUUUUCCCAGAAAUGAAAGGAUUUCGAUUAAUAGACUGUGAUGUGAACAAAGUCCUGUUGAUCUUUGAUGGUCUGGAUGAGUGUCGACUUCCUCUAAAUUUCCAGAACAAUGAGAGAUUGUGUGAUGUGACAGAGUCGGCCUCAGUGGAUGUGCUGCUGACAAACCUCAUCAAGGGGAAUCUGCUUCCCUCUGCUCUCCUCUGGAUAACCUCUCGACCAGGAGCAGCCAAUCAGAUCCCUCCUGAGUGUGUAGACCAGGUAACAGAGGUACGAGGGUUCAGUGAUCCUCAGAAAGAGGAGUACUUCAGGAAGAGGAUCAGUGAUCAGAGCCUGGCCAAUAAAAUCAUCAAAAACAUGAAGUCUUCAAGAAGCCUCUACAUAAUGUGCCACAUUCCAGUCUUCUGCUGGAUCUCAGCCACUGUUCUCGAGAAAAUGUUGGGUGAAGCAGAGAGUGGAGAGAUCCCCAAGACUCUGACUCAAAUGUUCACACGCUUCCUGAUCUUUCAGAUCAAACACAAGGACCAAAAGUACCAUCAGAAAUGUGAGCCUGAUCCUCAGCAGACCAGAGCGAGUAUCCUGGCACUGGGAAAACUGGCUUUCCAACAGCUGGAGAAAGGAAACCUGAUCUUCUAUGAGGAAGACCUGAGAGAGUGUGGCAUUGAUGUGAGAGAAGUGUCAGUGUACUCAGGAGUGUGUACCCAAAUCUUCAGAGAGGAGUUUGGGCUUCACCUGGGGAAGGUGUUCAGCUUCGUACAUCUGAGUGUUCAGGAGUUUCUGGCUGCUUUAUACACGUUUAUCUCUUUCAUCAGCAGAAAAGUAACAGAACAACAAACCACUGAUCUGUCUGAUCUUUUCACCAAAUCAAACAUGUCUGAUUUCCUCAGGAGUGCAGUGAACAAGGCCUUACAGAGUGAGAAUGGACACCUGGACCUGUUCCUCCGCUUCCUUCUGGGUCUCUCACUGGAGUCCAAUCAGACUCUCUUACGAGACCUACUGCCCCAGACAGGAAGUAGCACUCACAGCAAACAGGAAACAGUCGAGUACAUCAAGGAGAAGAUCAGGGAGAAUCCAUCUCCAGAGAAAUCCAUCAAUCUGUUCCACUGUCUGAAUGAACUGAAUGAUCAUUCUCUUGUGCAGGAAGUACAACGUUACCUGAACAGAGAUGAUUUCAGUCGUCUCAGUGGAGUCAGACUCUCUCCUGCUCAGUGGUCAGCUCUGGUGUUUGUGUUACUGAACUCAGAACAGGAGCUGGAUGAGUUUAAUUUGAGGAAAUAUUACCCAUCAGAUGAAUGUCUUCUGAAGCUGCUGCCAGUGGUCAAAGCCUCCAGAAAAGCUGAUCUGUGUGGGUGUAAUCUGACAGAGGAAAGCUGUAGAGUUCUGUCCUCAGUUCUCAGCUCAAACUCCUCCAGACUGAGAGAACUGGACCUGAGAGGCAAUAACCUGCAGGAUUCAGGAGUGAAGCUGCUCUCUGCUGGACUGGAGAAUCCACACUGUACACUGGAGACACUGAGGUUGUCUUACUGCAGUAUUACAGGUGAAGGUUGUGCUGCUCUGGUUUCAGCUCUGAGGUCAAAUCCCUCAUCACACCUGAGAGAACUGAAUCUGAACUACAAUAAUCCAGGAGAAUCAGGAGUGAAGCUGCUCUCUGAUCUACUGAAGGAUCCACACUGUACACUGGAGACACUACAUCUGCGUGAGUGUAAUCUGACAGAGGAAAGCUGUAGAGUUCUGUCCUCAGUUCUCAGCUCAAACUCCUCCAGACUGAGAGAACUGAACCUGAGUUACAAUAACCUGCAGGAUUCAGGAGUGAAGCUGCUCUCUGCUGGACUGGAGAAUCCACACUGUACACUGGAGACACUGAGGUUGUCUGACUGCAGGAUUACAGGUGAAGGUUGUGCUGCUCUGGUUUCAGCUCUGAGGUCAAAUCCCUCAUCACACCUGAGAGAACUGAAUCUGAACUACAAUAAUCCAGGAGAAUCAGGAGUGAAGCUGCUCUCUGAUCUACUGAAGGAUCCACACUGUACACUGGAGACACUAGAAUUGUAGUUUUCAUCCUGAUCUGAUCUGAGUCUCUCACACACAGAGGAUGAUGAGGAUAAACCCUUACAGUACAAAGUGAUUUGAAAAUCAUCAUUUACUGAUAAUCAGAUGUGUACAACGUCAGCACUUCCACUUCUCUAGUUGUUUGUAAAAAUACACCAGCUGAGAUAAAUAAACUUUAAUGAACUCAACACUCAUAAAUAUUUUCUUAUUAAUAUCUUUUACAGCAAAACAGAAACUGUUAAUGCACAUCAAACAUCAUUUAAUAGUUUUGUAUGUACAGUAUGCUUCUGUUUUUCCAUUUACAUGCAGCAGAAGGUCACAUUUAUGUUUAAAACACAUCAUAAAUAUCUUAUAGUCUCAGUUCACUGCAGUCAUUUGAUCAUUGCACAAAGUUACACACUGUUUAUAACUGCGUAAAGUAAAUUAUUUUCUCCUGAAGUUAUAAAAUUCAGAUGAGAGGUUUAAUUUGGUUGACUCUGUACAUAACUAAUGUUU